CCCUCCCCGUCGAACGCGAUGGCAUCACAUCAACUCGCCAUCGCAAAGGCCUCAUUCUCUGCGGGUCUACUGCGGCCAGACCCGACCUCCGUACCCCGCGACGAGAUCACCGCAUUCCACACCUCACUCGACCGGGCGUUGUCGCAAUGCACCCCGGCAAACAUCCAGACCUGCAAGACCUGGCUCAUCGACCACCAAGUGGUGUCCUCGUCCAACCGCGUAGGCGUGUGGGCCAAGUACCUGGUCGCGUUGUCCGCAUCCUUUGAAGAUGGCCCUGUCGCUCCUCCAGCCUUGUCCAACACCAAUAAACCCGACCAACCACCCAACAAGACCUCCGGCAAGCGCAAACGCCUCCACAUCCUAUAUCUGCUGAACGACAUCUUCCACCACACGAAAUACCACCUGCCCACGACCGCCUCCUUCUCGACGGUCACCGGCUCCCUGCAGCCCUACGUCGUCGAGCUGCUGGGCUACGCCGCCAGCUACGACCGCGACCGCCACCCGAAACACCACCGCCGCCUGGACGAGCUGCUGGACAUUUGGGGCGAGCAUGGCUACUACGCGGCGGAUUACGUGCACAAGCUCCGCGAGGUCGUCACCAACGCGGCGCUGUCCGGCCCCGUCAAGACCUCGUUGAUCGUCGAGGAGAGUAUCGCGGUCGCCGCCCGCGAGCUGUCCGGCCACCAGCAGAAGAAUGUCCCCUUCGUAAUGCCCGCGACGCACGGCGACCCCGCCACCCCGUACUACGACCUGCCGGCCGGCAAUCUCAUCCCGCACAUUAUCCCGGAUGAGACGGUGCCGUUGCGCGGCGACGCCAUCAAGCCAUUGCAGUUCCUGGCGGGCCCCGCGGAUGGAAAGCUGGUGGACGCGCUGAAACGGUUUCUGGGCGAGGUGGAGGGCAUCUAUGGCGCUUCUGAAGGGGUGGAGCAUGCCGAGGAUGAGGUCGUGGAUCUGGAUGAGUUGGGCCAGGUCGUGAUCCGCGAGGGGCUCAGUGGCGAGAUUAUCAAGGGCGAGACGUAUUACGGGUGGUCGAGGGGCUUCUGUCAGCAGAUGAAGAAACGCGCCAUGAAGGGGGCGAGGAGCAGCAGCCGGAGUCGCAGUAGGAGUCGCAGCAGUCGGGGCUCGCAGAGGCGUCGGUACAGCGAGAGUGGGAGUGAAGCGGGCGGACGGUGGAGGAGCGAGAGUCGGUCGCCGCGCAGACGACGCUACGAUUCGAGGUCGCGCACGAGGUCGAGAUCGCCGCCGCGCGGAGGAGGCUCGUGGCAGUCGUCCAAGCCAAAGGACCGGUCCAGGUCGUAUUCUCCGCAGCCGCCGGCCGCGUACCACGACUAUCGCCAGUCGAACCCGUACGGCAAUGCUCCUCCGCCGCCUCCGCCUCCCCCUUCGUCAGGUCUUCCGCCGGCACCGCAUACCCUUCCACCAGCGCCCCCGCCUCCAUCAAUGGGCUAUCCUCCACCACCACCACCUCCAUACCAGUCCGGCUUCCCCCCCGGUCUGCCCCAUGCUCCUCCCCCUCCUCCGCCGAACUACCAGGGCCCAUGGCCCCCGCCCCCGCCGCCCAUGUCCUUCGCCCCGCCCCAGCAGACCUCCCACUUUCCACCCCCCUACCAAGCUGGCGUGUCGGCCCCAGGCGCACCGGCCCCGGGCGUGCAGUACCAGCAGGCCGCGCAGUAUGCCCAGCAGAUGCCCCCGGGUUCGUACCACUUCCCACCGCCGCAUGCGUCCCACGGUCGCGGCUGGAACCAGUACCCGCGCGGCAGAUAGUCCUCGCAGAAUAAACAG